AUGCCUGCAACUUCAGAUCUCUCAAACGCCCAAUCUGGCUGGUAUUUGGAGCCACAAGGGGCUCUAGUCAGUCCCCUCGGCGAAGUGUACGAUCUUGAUCCGAAUCUCUUCAAGUCGCAACAGCACUCUGUAUCCCAGGAUCAGCUUCUCGAGAGUCGCACCACAGAAGCUAGCAGUCUGCCUGACAACGUGCAAACAUACUCGUCUCGCUCCACCUACGACUUCGCUACGUGGUUUCGCGAUUUGCCGCAAGCCGACGAAGGCGAUGCUGAACAGUGGCGCAACCUUCCAUCUCCUCCUUUCCAGCCCCGCAAAUCGCCUUACCUCGGAGAGGAUGUUCUGGAAGCCAGUUCGGACGCAUCUGGAGCUCGCUUUGACGACCUGGAUCCCACCAUCGGAACUUCGAGUCCUUCCAGCUUCGUCUGCGCGAGAGCUGCAGCGAUCGAACGUCUCGGAGCGCUACAAGCCACGCAAAUGGAUAGUACCGCCGUUGCAGCAUCGUCUCGACGCCCAGCAAUUAGUCCUUUGCGUCUAGCAGCACAGCAGGGUGUGACAUUUGAGCCCGUUCGACGAGCCUCACCCAACUCUGCGACACAACUCAAUAGCAGAUCAGCAUUCCACUCUGGUCUAGGCGCCUCGCCUGCUUUGCCGCACCUCAGCAGAGAGAGCCCCGCUUCGGCAUCGGUACAAGUUUCUGACAGCCCUCAAACACCUAAUCCCUUGCUCACAGGCCAUACUAUCGGCGCGAGGUCUUUCAGCCCUACAUUCCAUGGUGAUGUGCCCCAACUUCCGGCAACUGGGCCAGCACACGACCGCGCUGCUACGAUCUGCACAACUUUCAAUCACAAUGCCCUCGGCCUUUACACCGAUGACGGCGCCCAGUACAGCAUAGGUCGUAACGCGUGGCCAUCUCCGGUCUCAGCACCAAGCCUUCUCGUCAGGCAAGAUCACGUCGAAGAAGCUGCUGCCUGGAUGACACUCCAAAAAGUGCAAAGCGAGCAGAUGCACCACCAACAAUUACUGGAAAAUCUCCACUUGCUCAAAUUUUGGCAAGAGCAAGCUGAUUCGCAGACAUUGUCGAAUCAAAGACUGCCUCACAACAAUGGCAGAGUAGAUGGAGGACCAAGCCCUUACAAUCGUUAGUCGAGCCUCGCCUUUCCGGCCCAUUGCGCGCGCUGACGAUCGCUCCACUCCGACUCUGCAGGCAAACUUGGGGUAAGCGUGCACAAUUGUCUUCUUUUCCUGCUCUUGACUGAUAUGUCACUUUCUUGUUACCGUCAGCUGUACAAGACCGAGCUGGUGCGCCCUUUGUUGCUGUGGCUUGACGUUUCCCUGGCUGAUAUUCGACGAUGAUCUUGCCGCAGUGCCGAAGCUGGGAAGAGCGCGGGGAUUGCAGAUACGGCAAGUGAGUGCAGCUGCAUGACCUCUCCAGUCUUCAUGGACGUCGCACUGACAUCCUCUGCCUCUUGCCUCUUGCAGCAAGGUGCGAGGUGAAGAUUGACUCCUGAAGACCUACCGCUGACAGCGUCCGGAACGUUGGCGACAGUGUCAAUUUGCUCACGGUCCCCAUGAGUUGAGACCAAUUGAACGACACGCAAAGGUCAGUCGCGAGCGCCCAGACUAUCUUCGCGUGCUGACACCAUCUCUUCUGCCACUCUCCCUCACAGUACAAGACUGGUGAGGUUUAUAAAGCACCCGGCUUGGCUGCAAAUCGUGCUGAAGCGAAAAUCUCCUCCUUGUCCGCUGCUAACGACAGAGCCGUGCAGGUACGUCGUCAAGGCGCAACAAAUAGGCGGCGGAUGUGGGUCCCAGGGUGCUGAUCGAGAUCUUCCUUCUCCAACACAGAACCUUCGAAAGGUUUGGGUAAGCAGGAACGAAACUGAUGCGGAACUGAACCUCUGUUCCUGAUCAAGCUUUCGUUCUGAUCUUUCGCAGCACGUGUCCGUACGCCAAGCGAUGCUGCUUCAUUCAUGUAAGUUUGAUUGGAUUCUCGAUACGUGUAUCAGUUCUGCAAGAGAUUGAAACAGUCUCAUGACUCCUGCUUCUUUGAUAGACUACGGCUGCAAGCGCUGCCGCGACCCAGCCCACCACUGACAUCCCUCGCAGCGGUGCGCCUCUGCUUGCUCGAGUGGGACUUUCUCCUGGUAAGGUCACCGAGCGUUCAAACAUGCUCGAAACCCAUGCGUGGCCAUCCUCGGCUACUUUGCCCCAAACAACGACCGCUCCGAUCAGCAGCAAGUCUCUUCAGAAAGCCAUGGACUUUGGCCAGAGCGCUGUCAUCGACUCCAGCUUGAGUCAUGGGAAUCUUCACAGCGGUCAGCAACAUUUCUCUGGAGCAUCAAGCGGUGAAGGUCUGUCUGCACAAGACUUCGUCCGGCGUCGAAGCUCUUCCACCCCACACCCCGACAACAGCGGUGCGGCCAAUUUGUGGAAGAAAACUCUACCUUCGACGAUGGAUUUGAAAGGCGCACCCGAGCCAAUCCGACCCGAAGACCGUCGCCGCGAGCUGACAUCUUCAUCGGAUUUUUCCUGGAUCAGUGACUUCAACGAAAGUCUUCGUCUAUCCUCUACGUCGUCUACGUCCGCCGGUGCAGCCCCGAAGACCAAGAUGUUCUACCACGCCUAA